AUAGAUGAAUGUUAAUCGUGCGAGACGCACGCCUAUGACGCAGGACCGCCACGAAGCGUAUACAAUCGCGUGGGUCGUAGUGUUUAACUUUUGUUGGGAACAGUUCUGUCUCGAUUAACCGUUCAGAGCGAUGUUCCGAUCACCGAGCCGGCUAAGUGUUCUGGAAACGUUUAGCUGGACCUCAGAUGAAAGAAUGUAUGCUCCGGUUGGUCGUGAUGAGUAUUCUCAUCACGCGACGUUAACGUAACGCAUCGUUUGAUGCCUUCACGUAUGUAGAACGUAUGAAUGGUCAAUAAGCCGUUACGAGACGAAUAAUUGAACCGUGAAGCUGGACGGUCUCGGUGUAAGGUUAGUUUCUCUGGAUUUGAAAUUUCGUUUGGCAAUCGUGCGUGCUACACAAGCACUGUCAUUCUUUCACGUUGUUACACACUAGCAGUGAUUAAUGUUAUUCAUUCGCGAGAGAAAAGUCGUAUAACCUCUGUAUCGUAUCGUGUCGGUUUGUAUCGUGAACAAUGUGAAAUGGAAUAGCAAUAAUACGGAAUACACGGUUUUGUUUCGAAAAGUAGGGGGUAGUUUCCAACAAACGACUCACUGCAGUGCCAUCUGGGAAAGGUAUUAUAGCGAGGUGCAUCCGUGACGAUUAAAUUCGUUUGUUCCAACCCGCGGUUAGUUGGAAGCAGCGAAACGUGCUUUGCAAAACGUGGGGAAUAAAGUGUAUAAUGAAUAACAGCUAACACCAGUGAAUGAACAACAAACUGAUCAAGUGUCUGUCCGAGUUUUAGAAAUAUAUUUGUGUAUAGCUGAAAUAUACUUAUAUAAUAAACAUGAGUUUCACGUUAGAUGCUUCAAAGUCACAGACGACUACUACAACUGCUGCCAAUGUUCCAACAACGACUUUCACAUUUGGUACUAUGGGUGCUGGAGAUGCAGGAAAACCAACAGGGUUCUCGUUAACACAAACGCCGACACAAAAUAAAACUGCCUCUGUAUUUGGUAGUGGAGUAACCAUUACUCCUGUUCAGGGUACUGGGUUUAGUUUUGGGACACAGGCAGUAGCACCCACAGCUACUCCUGCUAAUACAGCAGCACCGCAGACACCUGGAUUGACAUUUGGUACAGGUGUAGCUGCGAGUACUGGCAUAACUCCUGCUGCAACUAGUACCGCAGCACCUAAACUUUUCUCUGGAACUACGCCUAUCGGAGGUGCUUCAAGUUUUACUUUAGGAGGUACCACUACUGUUGCCACAACAGCAACACCUGUAUCAGGUUUCGGAGCUAAACCGCUUACAGGUACUACUGCAUCUACCCCGACAAGUGGUUUAACAUUUGGAACACCAAAUACCAAGGCAGCAGGCACUGGUUUUACUGUUGGCACAACAGCAGCACCAGGUUUCCCUUCAAAUGCUAAUAGACCCAUUUCUACAGCCACAGCAUUCACUUUUGGCACAGGAACAACUGCAGCGAGUACAACAGGGUUUACAUUGAACAAAACUUCUACUGCUCCAAGUCUUACAACUCCUAGCACUCAGCUAUCAUUGGGUACAACUACUACUGUUACUUCAUCUGCAAAUGCAAACCAACCAGCUUCCAUAAGUUCAUUUGAAGAAUCUAUCAACAAAUGGACUUUAGAAUUGGAAGAACAGGAGAAAGUAUUUGUUAAUCAGGCUGCACAAGUUAAUGCUUGGGAUAAAUUACUGAUAACUAAUGGGGAGAAAAUAGUAGCACUUAAUCAAGAAGUUGAAAGAGUGAAAAUUGAGCAACAACAAUUAGAGCAUGAAUUAGAUUAUGUGGUUGGCCAGCAGAAAGAAUUACAAGACUGUUUAGUACCACUGGAGAAAGAAUUAGCAUCACUUUCAGUUUCGGAUCCAGAACGAGAAUACACGUACCGUUUGGCAGAAGACCUUGACACUCAAUUAAAACGAAUGUCAGAAGAUUUGAAGGAAAUCAUAGAACACUUGAACCAAGCUAAUCGUACUCAAGACUCCAGCGAUCCGAUUGUCCAAAUUGGUAAAAUAUUGAAUGCGCACAUGAACAGUUUGCAAUGGUUGGAUCAACAAACCACUCUGCUUAAUCACAAGAUACAACAGAUAGACCAGAUGCAUCAGAACUUUAGACAAGAAAAUGAACGAAGUUUUAGUUUAGCGUAUAAUUAAUUAUAAUUCUUCAUUAAUUGUUAAUACGAAAUUUAUACACAUUUUUGUAAAAGGUUCAUUUUAUACCAGUUGGUUAUAUGAGUUAAGAACAAUUAAAUAAAACACGGGUAAACAAGUUACAAAAAUGUAAAAUAUCUAUAUUGUAUUCGGGCAGCAUCAUUACAAACGGUAUUUACAAUGUAAAGAAUGACUCAAGUAGUCAUCGAAGGAAUGAAAUAAUGUAUUUUCAAAUAAUCUGACAAGUGUAGAUAUAAGUUAACGAUCUUGUCUUGAAGUAUGUUACAUUUCACGCCGUCAGGAUGUACAACAUCCCACGCCAAAAACAUAAAAAACUUCUUAACGUCUAUGGUAGCCGAUAUUUUAUCCUGCUCAUCCUGUUGACUGCAACUCCACACCUGCAGACCUUGAAAAUAAGUGGAAACCGUCGCGCUAUCUGUAUCAACUUUGAGCAUAAAUACACCUGA